AUGAUGAUCAGAUCUGCAGUCAAGAGCAAGCCCGAAAUAUUGAAAGAGAGAAUGAGAGGCGGUAUUGCAAGGUUCGCGCAAUCAUUUGAGCCCUCAAUGUCGACAAGCCGGGCGCCGCUGGUGGCGCCGUCGCUCGCCGACACGCUGCCCAAUAUCAAUUUCGGCUUCGAUGAACUACGAGAUCGUAUGGCCAAAUUCACAGCAAAAUUUGACGCCUUUAUCGAGCAAGGGCGGAAGCGCGUACUAGAAGAAAGGAACCAGUUCCGCAUGAACGUAGCAGAGUUGCAGGAGGACCAGCGCAUGAAGAAAAAGGACAUUGAGAUCCUCCAGCUCAAAACUAACACGUACCAACAGACCAUAGCCAAGGAAGCCGCCGAGAAGCGCGACAUGCAGAGCGCCAUCGCGUCCCUCACAGCGCAGCGCGACCGCCAGGCCGCGGCGCGGGACGCCCUCAAGGAGCAGAUUGAGGCGGCGCAGAAGGAUAUCGAUGCGCGGCUGGCGGCACAACGAGCCUACCAGGCCCAGCUCGAGGCGCAGGCGCGCUACAACGUGCCCGAACUCGACUUCUGGGUGACCAACCUCUGCAUGCGCAUCGAGGGCGCCGGGGUCGAGGACCGCCUCAAGUUCGUUUUUACGCAUAUCGACGAGAAGAAUUGGGAGCGCGAAGCAUGGUUCGAGCUGAGCACAGGGAGUCGAGAUUACGAUGUGCGGCAUUGCCGGCCCAAGCUGGAGCGGGAGAAGAUUGAGAAGGUCUUGGAGAGAGUCAACGAGACGAGAGAGCUAGUAGUGCUUCUCAAGGGGAUGAGGGAGUUGUUUGUUGAGGCCAUGCGAUCAUAA